UCCAGUCCAAAAAUAACUGAAAUAAACUUUUCAAUGAAAGGGACCUGAUCGCACGUUUUAACAUGUAUUGCUAAUUAAAUUCCGACCCGUUCGACAGCUGCACAUUGCACGGAAGGUGUUCGACGAAAUGCCUAACAGAAUUUGAUUCCGAUCACGCUAAUCUAUAAGCUACUAUCUUCAACUGUACUCAUCUUCUUUGAAUUUGCAAUCUCAACAUACCGGAGUGCGUACGCAUUGUGUUAAUACGAGAGAUGUUGAGGCGUGUUAGUCCACUGUCGAAGCUGAUUUCUGCGGCUAAACCUUCGCUGCUUAAUCAGGGGGCAUAUGGAUUGAAUUUUCUGGAAGCAUUCAGCACAGAUGCCUCGAAGCCGGCUGAAGCUGGAAUCGUGUCAAAGGCAAGGACCCCAACCAUUAAUUUUGUAUUAGGAGGCCCUGGUGUUGGAAAAGGUACACAAUGUACACGGAUUGCGGAGACUUUUGGAUUCACACACCUAAGCGUUGGAGAUUUGCUCAGAAAAGAAAUCUCUUCCAACACUGAAUACGGUGCCAUGAUUCUCGAGACAAUUACAAAAGGAAAAAUUGUUGCAUCAGAAGUGACGGUCAAAUUGCUCAAAACCGCUAUUGAAUCUAGUGAAACCGAUAGAUUUCUAAUUGAUGGUUUUCCAAGAAGUGAAGAGAACCGUGUUGCUUAUGAACAGAUAAUAGGAAUAGAACCGGAAGUUGUGCUUUUCUUUGAUUGCAAUGAAGAGGAGAUGCUGAAACGAGUGCUGCAUCGUAACCAGGGGCGAGUUGAUGAUAACGUUGAUACCACCAUGCAACGCCUUAAAGUGUUCGAAGCUUAUACUCUUCCCGUUAUUAGAUACUACUCUCAAAAAGGGAAGCUUCACAAGAUCAAUGCUAUAGGAACAGAAGAUGAGAUCUUUGAACGAGUUCGACCUAUAUUUGCCAAAUAGACAUCAAGGUUUAUAAACCUAAAGAUGUUACUGGUGGAAAAAUCGCCAUAUAAUGUGAGUUAUAAUAUGUUUUCGGCUUUUAGAAAUUUGAACCUGCAGAAAGCCACACAAGUUAGACCUUUUUUGUUUUUCUGUUUGAUAGUUAUUGUUGUUUUUUGUUAUCAACUAUAUAGCCAUUGUGUUGUAGUCAUAGACUGUAGCUCAAAGGUACAUUAUAUAAACAAUUUGUGGCGACGAUGUUUCAAAAUAUUGAACUUACGAAGAUGGUCCAGAAACCGCUAUUCGUUUUAUUUUGUUAACAUGAAAAGUAUUGUGACA